AUGGCGCCUCCGACCUUUCAUCCGAAAGCUUUCUACAAGCAUGGCGGUAAGAAUUUGCUCUACCUCUUCCUUUUUUCUGGUCUUUUAUGGAGCCCUUCCUUGACGAAAGAAGUGGUUUUUCAGACGAACCUGUAUGCCCAGCAGGCUGGAAAACCAUACACUCCUACGACAGAGCAAGAGAUGCGAUCUUUCUUGGGUCUGAACCUCCUGAUGGGUAUAAAACGGAGUCCAAGCUACCGGGAUUAUUGGUCCAGCGUGCCGGACCUGCAUGACCCAUUCAUAUCGAAGAUCAUGACAGUGAACAGAUUUGGUUGGCUGCUGUCUUAUCUGCAUCUAAAUGACAAUGUGCUACAGCCACCAAGAGCCCACCCUGAUUUCGACCGGCUUUAUAAAGAGUUCCCUAAAGCAGUACAUGCCGAAAAGCCCGUGAAACGUGGAUACAAGGUAUGGAUGUUGUGCGCCAGCACCGGCUACAAUUUGAAGUUUGAAAUCUACUCUGGAAGGUCCGAAAGCGGAGUGCAAAAAGAGUUGGGUGCACAGGUUGUCAAGAAAUUGUGUCAAGACAUAUCUGGGAGGCAUCACCGUGUGUUCUUUGAUAAUUAUUUUACGAGCUAUGGUCUCCUGAAGGACUUGAGGGAACAGGGAAUAUAUGCGUGCGGAACAGUGAACCACAACCGGAAGCAUCUGCCCAAGUUGCAAGCCGACAAAGAAAUGGAAAGAGGGAACACUGAUUGGUCAGUCAGUGAUGAGAGUGUUUGCUGCAUGAAGUGGAAGGACAAGAGAACUGUCCACCUUUUGUCGAACUUCCACGACCUUACGCAGGAGGCUGAAGUCGACCGCAAAAACAAGGAUGGGACCGUCACCAAGGUACCAUGCCCUGCUGCUCUCUAUGACUAUAACAAAAACAUGAACUUUGUAGACAAGUUUGACCAAAUGAAAGGGCAGUACGAAAUCGAUCGGAAAUCAACAAAAUGGUGGCACAGGAUAUUUUUUCCCUUCCUGGACUGCUGCGUGGUGAACGCAUACAUAAUCUUCAGGGAGAUUGAAGAAGCUGAGCGGAUGACAAUGAAGGAUUUUCGCCACAGUGUGAUCUCAUCAUUGACUGCUGAAGCACAAGUAGCCUCCAAAGCCAAGAGGAGGUCCUCUACCGAUGCAGCUGUGCAACUGAAAAAGUCAAAGCCCCGCGUUGACACGAACGUCCGCCUGACUGAGAGCAAGCACCAACCAAAAAGAUGUACACACCCCAGGUGUGCAAGGUGCAGCACCAAAACGAAGCCGUCCAGAACAACGUGGAUGUGCGAAACGUGUGAUGUUCCACUCUGCCUCAGGAAAGAAAAAAACUGUUUUUCUGACUGCCAUAAAAAAUAA